UCUAAUUAUCUAUCAUCAACGUAAACAAAACAAGAAAUGAACAGUGGAGGUGGACUUAUUUAAUUGUUUUUCAUCACCCAGAUUGUGUGCUCGUUCCAUUUUACUACCAAAAAUUUACAUCUUCUCAUGAUUAAUUUACCUGUUGCAUCUAGCUCCAAGAAAUUUCGUAUGUAUGUAUGUGUGAUCCUCAGUUAUUAAGAUUCGAAAUACACUGCACAUUUUGCGAGACCAUUCUCCUAUUCCUGAAUACCUUGUCCAGUUUUGGCAGUAUUUUAAAUGAUAUCUCAUUCCACGUGCCAGGCCAUGUGAAAGAGCCGAAUGUCUCUUUUUAAUAGAAAAACGGAGCGGAAGCGGCAAAGGUCUCCGUCAGGGCCAUCGUCGCCCAACGUUUGCUCUAAGCGCACGUGUCUUAAUACUUUUGGAUAUGGGUCACUACUUAAGUCCUGUGAUAAUCAAUGCUGUGAAUUUAUGCUAUGGCAGUCUCUUAGGAGUCCAUCCUCCACUAAAAAUUCUGGUGAACUCAGAUUGAGAAAUGGGUGCUCAGGAUCAGAUCUAGAGGGCAAAAGCUGUAAAGAAAUCAUCAGACUCCUCAUCGAUAAAAAUAAAAUUCUAAAGACACCAGAGGGUAAGGUUUUACAUCUCUUAAAGAAUCUCAACCAAAAUUCACUGGGUGUGCAGAAGGAUUCUACUUCUAACUCAAAUGGAAGGAAUGAUUUUUAUUUCACCCCAAGAAGAAAUAUUCAGAUCAACGAACAAAACGUUUGUCUCAAAUCUUUCAUCACCAGCUCGCAAGACACUUUCCUAACUGCUUUGACGGCGGACUCGAGCAAUGACGCUUCAGUGGAAAGCGAUAGCCUUUCUGAGUCUCUCCCUGGUUCUAAUUCACCGGAAGAUGAGACCACAGAAGAAACAGAAGUGGACGUUAAUUUUUGCAGAAAUAAGGCAACAUUUUUUAUGACAAUUACGAAAACUGGCCCCACAAGUGCAGGUAAAGGUGUCAUCAAAACCAGGGUUCAGUCCAACUCCGAAGAAGAGACAGAUUCUGAUACCUCCAUAAACUUAAACAACUCUGAGCUGCCUGUGGCCAGAAGAUGUAUUGCAGUUUCAAAAUUUUACUUAGGAUGUGUAUCUCGGGAAUCAGCUCUAUUAAAUUUAAGAAGUUCUGUUCGAUCAAAAGCGGACACAGAAACUUCUGCACCUAGUGCUGCCUCCUUAGAAUCUUUGCCAGGAUCUUUCUCCAAGCAGGAAUCAGCUCUAUUAAAUUUAAGAAGUUCUGUUCGAUCAAAAGAGGACACAGAAACUUCUGCACCAAGUGCUGCCUCCUUAGAAUCUUUGCCAGGAUCUCUCUCCAAGCAAUGUGAAAUCCCAUUUUUAACCAUCAAACAAGGAAGAUCAGAAACCCACCCAAGCAGUCUCGGAACAGUUACCAAAUUAUUUGCCUGUGAUUUUUAUAGAUUGCAAAAGACCCCCAGAAAGAACUACUUUGAUUUUCAUGGUAAAAUAGUUCAUAAAGUGGAUAUAUUUGGAACUAUUACAAAGAUUCUACCAUUGCAAGAAAGUAGAAUUGUCUACCACAUCGAUGACGGAACUGCUUCCAUAUCCUGUAUAAUUGAUCGUACCGAGAAUCUGGCAAAGAAAAGAGAAUGCACGGCCAAGUUGGAUCUCAGCAAUGCUCCAGAACCACUUCCGAAACAGCAAUCCUGCCAUGCGAAUAAAUCAAAGUCUAGGCUACUAAGUGCUGUUACUGGUAUGAGAUCAGUUCUUCAAGGAAAUUUGAAAUCAGAAGUGGACAUAAAUAAUUUGAAACUUGGUGAUACUGUCCAUGGAGUUGGGGUACUUUAUGAUCAUGGAGCAGAAAAAAACAUGUACCUGAAUAAAAUAUGGCAAGUGACUACUGAACAUGAGAUAGAGGAUAGAUUGCAUCAGAUUAUUUUCCUCUACGAAGAAGUCUAUCCUAAGCUUAUCAAGGAUUUCAAAAAUUCCCCCGCUCUUGCCAGUCUUCAACAAUCAUAACCUAAGCUUGACUCGAUGAAAACUGCCAUGUUAGAUGAUGAGUCAGUUGCGCUGGUCACAGAAUCGUGUUUUGAUGCUUAUUUCUUGUAGAUUAGCGAAAAAUAAUAAGACCUGUCAAAACCGCAACUUUCUACGUUCAAUAUUAACCGAGAUAUCGCCCUUUGAAAAGUCAGGUUUUUCUUCGCGACGAGUGCGUUAUCUCCUGAUAAGAAGAUCUUUAUAGUGCAAAUCCGUCUGUUUCUCGAGUUGGUUUACGUUUAAAGUUGUUGAAGUUUCGCAUUGCGCCCUCUGCAUCUUUGAUGGAACAAAAGAGGAAGAAACGAAGGGUGUCACUGCCGCAGUGGAUGACGUCAAAAACCUGACUUUUCAAAGGGCGAUAUCUCGGUUGAUAUUGAACGCAGAAAGUUGUGAUUUGGACAGAUCUCAUCAUUUUUCGCUAAUCUACAAAAAUUAAGCAUCAAAACACGAUUCUGUGACCAACGCCACUGACCCAUUAUUUCAGCCUCAUCACUGCUUCCAUCAUUGUUCUUUAUACCUUAAUUGUUGAAAAUAAUACAUCUUAUUAAUUUUCAGAAUAA